AUGGUUUUUGGGCUUAUUGCUCAUUUUAUUGAAGUAAUAACAAAUGAAAUUGUGGAGGAUGUUUAGAUAGUAAAGGAAGUUUUAGCUUAUCAUAUUAGCGAAUUCUCUGAAUACCGCUAUCAACAAAAAGAGAUGAGAAAGAUAAAGUAGAAAAUGAAUUACUGUGAUAGCUAUGAAGAAUGGGUCAGUUAUUCAAUUUAACAUGAUAGUUUGAAAGAUAUAACCUUAUGGAAAAAAGAUCCUACUUCACCAAAUUAUAAUUUUGAAUAUAUCUAGCAUUUGCGUGAUUAACUUAAAUCAGAUAGGUUAAAUAAAAAUGUUCUUAAGAUCAUCCACACUCUCAGAUCACAUGCUUUCAGAAAUAUUGGAAAUAUCUUAGAUCCUCUACUUUAUAAAGAAUGCUUCAAUGGAACUAAAGAUUUAAUUGAAGAUUUCUAAAAUGAAAUAGAUCUUUGCAUUUAGUACAUCGCUUCUACUUCUUAAUUAUCUGUAAGAAAAAAAAUGGAAUUCUUCAUAGAAAUGAGGCAUGCUGUUGGGAGAACUGCACUAGUAUUAAGUGGCGGUGGACUCAUGGGAAUGUAUCAUGUUGGUGUUGUUAAGACCCUCUACGAAUAAAAAUUGUUGCCUAGAAUUAUCAGCGGUAGCUCUGCUGGAAGUAUUAUAGCAGCUUUCAUAUGCACCAGAAAAUAUGAGGAGCUGCCUUCUCUUUUCUUAACAGAUGGAAUCAACUGGCAAGCAUUUUAAAAAAGAGAUCCUAAAGGAUAGAUGAUACGUAAGCUUAAGAGAUUCUUCAAAGAGGGAGUUCUACUUGAUGUUAAAGUACUUUAUGAGUUUACAAGAUAAAAUAUUGGAGAUAUUACUUUUUAGGAAGCGUAUGAUAGAACUGGAUUUAUUCUGAAUAUUACAGUUACAGGACAAGGUACUCAUGAUAAUGACAGAGUUUUGAAUUAUUUAAGUGCUCCAAAUGUUAUAAUAUGGUCAGCUGUUUGUUGCAGCUGCGGUAUCCCUUACAUUUAUGGACCCAGUGAUCUUCUCUGCAAAAAUGAGAAAGAUGAGAUUGUACUUUAUCUUGAUAAAAAGAAAAAAUUUGUUGAUGGGUCAAUUGGAGCUGAUCUUCCCAUGCAUCGCUUAUCUGAAUUCUUUAAUGUAAAUAGUUUUAUAGUCAGUUAAACAAAUCCUUGGGUCGUACCAUUCAUGGAUAGAGGAGAAAAGCAUCCUAUUGUAUAUCUUCCUUUCGUUAAGUUAUUCAACAUUAUUAGAAAACUCCUUAACUCAGAAUUAAAGCACAGAGUCUAAUAGCUUUCAGACUUUGAUCUUCUACCUGGAGCUUUAAGUAAAUGGGUUAAUAUAGUCUUGCAGACUUACGUGGGCCACAUCACAAUAGCUCCUGUACCAAGAUGGAGUGACUAUGCAAAUGUAUUGGAAGUUCCAAAGUCUAGCGAUGAUUUUGAGCAUUUUAUGUUAGGAGGUGCUAGAAAGACAUUCUCAAAGAUUCCAUACAUCAAAGCCUACAUGAGGUAUGAAAAUAGCUUAACAAGAGGUUACAACAAAAUAAAGCAACAGCUAGCAGAAGAUUCUGGACCUAUAAUUCCAGUCUAAGAUCCUGAUGAGUCUUAUGACAAUGAAAGUAUAUUCAUGGAUGCCUUUGAAGAGGAAGAAGAUAUUAGAGACAAAAGAAUUAGCCUCGGGAAGAGUAAAUCCAUUUAUGAAGACUCUAAAAGAGUUAGAAAUUUCUCUUUCAUUAUUCCAAGAACUAAAUCAAAAGAAGUUCUUGAAAAACUAAAUAAAAUAGGAGUAAAACCUGCUUUAGUAAGAAAGAAUUCAUCCUCCUCAAAAGAGUGA